AUGCAUCGGUCCACAGGGUUCGACAGCUUGCAAGAUUUGCUGGAACGUGAAGGGUACAAAGAAACUCGUAUUAUCACGCCCCUGAGUAAAUCUUCCGUCAUCAUAUCUGUAGACGAGGACAUGGAUACUGAAACGGACCUACCUGCACGCCAGUCGAAGCCGGCGCUGCGUCACGCUACCUCUGCCGGGCUGUUCCAACGCGAUACGAAUCAGCACGACGCGACCUCCCCUGCGCCCCCUGGCAGUGAUAUUCUGGCAUGGAGGCAGGCGGUGGCUCAAACAAGCGAUAUCGAGAAUGUGCCCAUGCGCCGCCAAGCGCUCCAAAAAUCACGCAGCGAUGCUUCGCUCAAGCGGCAUGUCGCUCGACGCCGUAGCACGCUGUGGGAUGCGAGUCAGGCGUACCGACAAUCUGUGCAUACUACAGAGGCCGUGCCUCCCGUCCCACCCAUCCCACCUACUUUGUUGCGUGCCUCCUCUGUGGCUACGACAUCCGCUGCACCCCAAGUCACCUGGAGUACGUCCGCCACACUUUCUCAGCCCGAAGGUGAGGACCCUACGCAAGCUUUCUUGUCAUCCCCUGCAUCGCCGAUCCUGUCCAGGCAAGAUGCGGUGGUGCAGAUUACGGAUGCAGACCCUGUGCGUAUGCCACGCGGCCUGCGGCGUUCAAAGAGUGAAGAUUUGCUACAGAAGGCGCUCAAGUCGCGCACGGAAACACCACCAGAUGUACCGCCUUUGUGCAAUUGUGGACGCACCAUGCAUGAUACGAAGGGAAAAGGCGCAUCAAUGCCUGCAAUUGAGCCACGCUGGCACAUGGACUCGUGCCCUGUACGGCUGCGCUGGGAAGCGACAGCGCCUCUCCCUAUUCCUCCGCCCCCACCGUACCUAACGGUCUCCACACCUCGUGGUAUUAGUUCGCCCAAGGCCAUUGAGCUUGCAGGGGCCGAGUUUGAUCCUGUCGAUACGCCUGGGCAGGUGACGUAUCUUUUCCGUGUACCACGCCCCGAUCUGAGCCACCUAACCAAGGCAACAUGGACAGGGCUGCAUAGUUGGUGGACUGGUCAUGAGGAACCAGCCCACUCCAAAGGUCCUUUCCUGAAUGGGGGACGUACCGCUGUGUCCUCGUCCUUGCAUCCGCCAUCACCCAUGCGCCCGAAAUCAUCCACACAUCGCCGUCUGCGUCGCAGUACUUCCAUACCUCGCGUCGAACGCAAAGCUGCGGCUGUUCGUUCCAUCUCGUCCGACCCGACGAGUCCUUCGACCCCCUCAACCAUUUCCAAGGGCCAACGGACAGGCUCCGAACGCGUUCAUGAACUGCGGCAGCGUGUUGAGGACCGUAUGAAGGAAGAUGCGACGGUACUGGAAGAAACAGCAUUUCCCCUCCUCUCCAAGUACACCAAUGCCUCAGCCCCUACGUCACAGGAGAGCACGACAGAUCACAGUGUUCUGGAAAGCCCUACGGUGCAGCGGAUGAUGCAGCGUGGUACACACUCAGCACCUACUCUCUUGGAACAGGAAGCAGCGCCGCAGCUUGCGUUGGGCGAGACCGUGCCUUCACUUCCUAUUCUUCAAACGAUGACUCAGAACGAUCUUAUGACGACUCCAUCUUCAACACCCCAGAUACCAGAAAAACAACGAAUACUACGAACGAAAGCUAGUGGUCAUCGUCUGAGCCGACGUACCUCGAAAGACGACUUGCGAAGCGCAGCAACGACGCAGGCAGCGCCUCGUACAUUGCGUGGCGAUAACCAUGGUCUCUUACUGCAGUCCGUCGCGCGGUCGUAG